UGUAUUACAUAGCAGUAGCCAAUACAAGUAAAGUUUGAGCAGAAAUACUCAAAUGAUUUGAUAGGCAGUUAUUAUUUAACUGACCAGACUGGUGUUGACACAGGAACCAUUACCAGACCAGGCCCAGACAUUCUGGCUACAGUGGGUUGAGGCCGCGUUCCCUCAUCUCGACUCUCGCGCCUACUUCCUGCCUCCUGUCUACGUCAACCGCGUGGCCAUGACUAGACAGUCAGCUGCUGGUCAGGAGGUUCUCGUCCUACAGUCAGGUCAGUUAGGUCAGUCAGGUCAGUCAGGUUAGACAGCGAUGUCAUCAGCUGCUGCUUCCAUUCCUCAGCCACCACGCGUGCAGGACAGUGACAUCAGAGACGAUGCAGCCAUGCAACGGGUGCUCUACUGUCUCCAGAAACUGUGUGAAGACAACAAAGAAGUCAUGGUUGGACUGACUCAGCUUCAGUUCGGCGACUACCUGGGGGAACCUUGUUACACUGCUGCAGCUGCACAGCUCCCCCUACCGGCCAACCUCCCAUCUGCUCUGCCACCCGACUGGAAACAAGGCGACUUUGAUGUGCUUCUCAUUCACCGACAUUUCGGUUUAGUCACGUGCGAGGUGAAGGCGUUUGGUGACAACACACAGGCACUGAAUAUGUCGAAAGACGAUAAAGACAAAAACAUCAGAAAGAAGCUGACGGAGGCCAUGUCACAGCUGGACAAGGCGGAGGCCAUGUUGUCUCACCUGGUGUCUGACAUCGCUCCCGGUCUGCCCGUCACUAAGGUCAUCGCCUUCCCCAACCUCACGACUGAUGAAGUUCAACAGGCCAUUUCCGGCGACCCCCAGCUGACUCAGGACCUGUGUCGGUGUCUGGGAGCAAAUGAUCCCUCCAACAUCCGAGGUCUGUGUCUGUGCUGUGAUCAGUUGUCUGACCCCAAGACCCCGUAUGACGUCAGCGGUCCGGUGGCGCAACGGUUAGCGCUGUUAGCAUGUGACAUCAGUGCUCACGCCACUGUUGUCGUCAGAGAAAUCGUCAACUGA